GACUCUACCAUCAUUAUAGGGGUAUGGGGUUCGAGACAAAGAAAGAUCAAGGCUGCAUAUCAGUUUUUCCUAUAUACUUUACUUGGAUCCGUUUUUAUGCUAUUAGCUAUUCUGUUGAUUCUUCUCCAAACAGGAACCACCGAUUUACAAAUUUUAUUAACCACUGAAUUUAGUGAGCGGCGCCAAAUCCUUCUAUGGAUUGCCUUUUUCGCCUCUUUUGCCGUCAAAGUGCCUAUGGUACCAGUUCAUAUUUGGUUACCCGAAGCCCAUGUAGAGGCACCUACGGCUGGAUCCGUCAUCUUGGCAGGAAUUCUUUUAAAAUUGGGAACCUACGGGUUUUUAAGAUUUUCAAUACCCAUGUUUCCCGAAGCGACACUUUGUUUCACUCCUUUCAUUUAUACUCUAAGUGCGAUUGCUAUAAUAUAUACUUCCUUGACCACUUUAAGACAGAUCGAUCUUAAGAAGAUCAUUGCCUACUCCUCAGUAGCCCAUAUGAAUUUGGUGACUAUUGGUAUGUUUAGUCCGAACAUACAGGGAAUUGGAGGUAGCAUUUUACUUAUGUUAAGUCAUGGACUGGUUUCUUCAGCCCUUUUUCUAUGUGUUGGUGUUCUAUAUGACCGACAUAAGACUCGACUUGUUAGAUAUUAUGGAGGUUUAGUGAGCACCAUGCCGAAUUUCUCUACCAUUUUCUUCUUUUUCACUUUAGCCAAUAUGAGUUUACCCGGCACUAGCAGCUUUAUCGGGGAAUUUCUAAUCUUAGUAGGAGCUUUCCAAAGAAAUAGCUUAGUAGCCACAUUAGCAGCGCUUGGGAUGAUUUUAGGCGCGGCGUAUUCCCUUUGGCUAUAUAAUCGUGUGGUUUCUGGAAAUUUAAAACCCGAUUUCCUCUAUAAAUUCUCCGAUCUAAAUGGCAGAGAAGUUUCCAUAUUUCUACCUUUUCUUGUUGGAGUUGUUCGGAUGGGUGUUCACCCCAAAGUGUUCCCGGACUGCAUGCAUACAUCCGUAAGUAACUUAGUGCAACAUGGCAAAUUUCAUUGAGAGGAAUCAGCAAAGAAAAGAAAUCUUCUCCG